CCGAGAUUACCUACAGUAUACGGUCAUGUUCAAGUUCGCCACAGCCGUGAUUCUUUGCCUGGCGGCCAGUUCGACGCUGGCCCAGCACAACCCCCACUGGUGGGGAAAUCGCAACACCAUCGUCCACUUGUUCGAGUGGAAGUGGUCCGACAUCGCCGCGGAAUGUGAGAACUUCCUGGGUCCCAAAGGCUUUGCCGGCGUGCAAGUCAGUCCCGUGAAUGAGAAUAUAAUUUCCGCUGGUCGCCCCUGGUGGGAGAGGUACCAACCCAUUUCCUACAAGCUCAUCACCCGAUCUGGAAAUGAGCAGGAAUUCGCCGAUAUGGUUCGUCGUUGCAACGAUGUUGGAGUCAGGAUUUACGUGGACGUUCUCCUCAACCACAUGUCUGGGGACUUUGAUGGCAUUGCCGUGGGCACUGCCGGAUCUGAGGCAGAACCCUCCAAGAAGAGCUAUCCCGGUGUGCCGUACUCCGCCCAGGAUUUCCAUCCCUCCUGCGAGAUCACCGACUGGAACGAUCGCUUCCAGGUGCAGCAGUGCGAACUAGUUGGCCUUAAGGAUCUGGACCAGAGCAGCGAGUGGGUGAGGAGCAAGCUGAUUGAGUUCCUCGAUCAUCUUAUCGAGCUGGGAGUAGCAGGAUUCCGAGUGGAUGCCGCCAAGCACAUGGCCGCCGAUGACUUGUCGUAUAUUUACAGCACCAUUAGUGAUCUGAAUACUGAGCAUGGCUUCCCCCACAAUGCCAGGCCUUUCAUCUUCCAGGAGGUGAUCGAUCAUGGCCACGAGACCGUCUCUCGUGAGGAAUACAACCAACUGGGCGCCGUCACCGAGUUCCGAUUCUCCGAGGAGAUUGGCAAUGCCUUCCGUGGAAACAAUGCCCUGAAGUGGCUGCAGAGCUGGGGCACCGGCUGGGGCUUCCUGGCAUCCGGACAGGCCCUAACCUUUGUGGACAACCAUGACAACCAGCGAGACAUGGGCGCCGUGCUGAACUACAAGUCCCCCAAGCAGUACAAGAUGGCCACCGCCUUCCAUCUGGCCUACCCCUACGGCAUCAGCCGAGUGAUGAGCUCCUUUGCCUUCGACGACCAUGACACGGCCCCGCCACAGGACGAGCAGGAGAGGAUCAUCUCGCCGGAGUUCGACGAGGAGGGAGCUUGCGUAAAUGGCUGGAUAUGCGAGCACCGCUGGCGCCAGAUCUACGCCAUGGUGGGCUUCAAGAACGCCGUCAGGGACACGGAGCUCUCGAACUGGUGGGACAACGGCGACAGCCAGAUCUCCUUCUGCCGCGGCAACAAGGGCUUCCUGGCCGUGAAUAACAACCUGUACGACCUGUCCCAGGAGCUGCAGACCUGCCUGCCAGCCGGUGUCUACUGCGAUGUGAUCUCCGGCAGCCUGGUCGAUGGUUCCUGUACCGGAAAGUCUGUCAUCGUUGAAGACAGCGGAUUUGGCUACAUCCACAUCGGGUCUGAAGACUUCGACGGUGUGCUAGCUCUGCACGUGGAUGCCAGGGUUUAGUUAGGUAACACAGAAAACUGGGCUUUAUUUCAAAAGUCUCAAAUUACAAUAAAAACGAACGCACAUAA